AUGGCCGCCCAAGUCGCACAGUCGCCCCAGUCCCAAUGGAGGGCGAAGAGGGCCCAGGUCUUUCGCUCUGUCUUUCCUAGCGAAACCUCACUGCCGACAUCACAGAUCAACGUGUCCGCGCCAGUCCCAAGGUACCAUGCGCAGCCAUCCACGGUUCUGCCCCAAGCCACGGCCUCGUCCCCCCUGGCUCCUUCGACAUCUCAUAGGCUUGAUCCCAUCCAGGAUGCUGGCAGGGAUGCCAUGAGAAGCGUAGAAGAACAGGGCACCUUUGACAGUGCUUGGCACACCGUCACGACUAUGUUGCAGCUGCCACAUGCAACACCAGGCCAUGAAUCGUUCGGGGCUUUGCCCUCGAAGUUGUUGUUCGAGUCUCAUGAAGACGACGUUGCGUUCAGGGCCGCGCUUCAGGUGGUGCUGGCCGGAAAUCCAGCAAGUGGCCACGAUUGCGACAUCCUGGCCUGGCAUAGCCAUCAAGCUAAGCGGCAUUUCAUCCAGCAUGUCGAACCUCUUAUGGCAGCGACAUCUGUCACGAGCCAACUCGGGCUUCCGGACGACAAGAUACCGUACAGAGACCAUCUUGUUGUCAUAGAGAAUGCAGUGCACGUAUUACAAGCUGCGCUGCAGCAAUACUUCCACUCCCUUGCCUCGAUAGUGCGCGCCAUCGAGCACGGGGAUAAGCUGAGAGCAUCACUCGGAAGUCCACAAGCUCUAGUGGCUCGAUUUCGACACGAUCUUUAUGCCCUGAUUAGCAACUCGGCCGGUCCUAUACUGCCGUCGCUGCGGGUAGUACUGGGCAACCUCACGGAACAGGCACUACGCAUCCCCACAGCCGAGCAGCAGCACCUCGAGUUGCAGGGAUCCGAAGUUGAUGACGACCAGAUUGAUGAUGCACGAACGCGGCUCCUGUGCCUGGUGGAGGCUCUCACACAGGUCGGACUGGCAGGCGAGGCGUUUCAAGGAUUAUUUGCCGAGGUCAUGGAUCGAAAUAUGCGAAGAUACGUUCGCCUGUCCUAUGCACGAGUCUGGACGACAGCUUCAGCAGCAAACAACCGAGGACUUUAUGGGCCAGAGAAAGCUGCCAAAAAAUUCAUCGGCCCCACGCCGGCAUCUAGGUGCAUCGUAUCCCUGUGCAACUGGGUAGAAAGCCACUUCGCGCGUCUAGCCAUAGAAGUCCGGAGUCUUACCGACAGUUCUGGCUCGAAAGGGAAGACCACUGCGCCUCUGACAGAACUUCAGCAAUGGAAGGAAGUAGCUAUAGGUCACAUGGCUGCGUUGCGGAUUUCGGAGCUGUUUGACAUUAUUCUUCAGUGGCCAGCCAGUAAAGGUGCGCUGGAUGACCUCAAGGCCAGUGUCACUACUCCGGAACGUCGACGGCAGCUGACGGACUCCUUUUCGGCGGCGCUACAGAAGCGACUUUUACAUCCUGCUAGGUCCACACUGGAUAUAUUGCGUGUCUAUAUUUCCAUGAUCCGCACGUUUCAUGCUUUAGACCACUCCAAGGUCCUCCUAAGUCGAGUUGUUCCGUCACUCCAGCUGUAUCUGAUCCAGCGAGAAGACGCUGUCCGUGUCGUGGUCACAGGCUUGCUCGCUAGCCCACAAGAAGCGGAGGCGGCCCAAAAGAGAACGGGUACGCUGUCUCCUGGGGAGCUGGUAUCUGGCACUGGGGACAGCGGCAAUUUGGUCGAGCUUGCAAUGCUCCUCAGCGACCCAGACCAACAACGGCGGGUGGAAAUCGACGACGACGAACUGGACUGGGAUGAUCUGACGUGGGUGCCCGACCCGGUUGACGCGGGUGUCAAUUAUAAACGUCCCCGAUCUGAGGAUGUCAUUGGCACAUUGAUCACUACGCUCGGAGCCGAAGACGUCUUCAUCAAGGAGUUUCAAGCAGUCAUGGCAGACAAUCUACUGUCUGCGCAGACGGACUUCACGCAGGAGCAGAGGGUUCUGGAUCUUCUGAAGAAGCGCUUUGGCGAGUCUGCACUACAAAACUGCGAGGUCAUGAUCAAGGACAUCUUGGACUCCCGCAAGGUCGACAGCAUGAUCCGGAUGGUGGGGCUGGGAAAGCCAGCACUGGCACCUCGGGUUUUUGGUACGCCAACACCUUCAGGUCCGCGCAUGGAUCCCGGUCGACAGCUGGACCUGGAUGAAGAGGAACACGGCUUGCUGCCCUACCAAACCCGCAUACUAUCUCGUCUGUACUGGCCAAACAUCGUCCAAGACACGUUCGACCUCCCUCGACCUGUCAAAGAACGGCAGGCGAGGUAUGCAAGGGGCUAUGAAUACCUAAAGUCAGCGCGCAAACUCACCUGGCUCGACCAGCUCGGCCAGGCCACUGUUGAGCUAGAGCUCGAGGACCGCACCAUCAGCGUGGAGUGCAAAACCUUCGAGGCGGCAGUCAUUUAUGCGUUUCAAAGCGAAGAUGAGGAUGGUGACAGGGAGCACAGCGGUCCAGCCCGCCGUAAUGCUCACGAACUCGGCGAUGAGUUACAAAUGGACGAAGAACUCGUCCUGCAAGCCCUCGAGUUCUGGGAGUCCAAGCAAGUGCUCGCCCGCUACCCACACAAUCAAGAGACAUUUGUCGUGCUCGAACGCAGAGAUCAAGUACUCGGUCGCCCCGAGCUUCACCCUGCUGCCUCAGCCCCAGCCGUCAUGCAAGACGACCAGGGGACGCAGCCGGGUGGCAAGCCCACUUCCCUCAGGCGAGCGGGCACGACGAGCGCGAUGGACGCCAAAGAGAACGAGAGAAGGGCCAUAUACUGGCAAUUUAUCAUAGGAAUGCUAACCAACUCGAUGCCGAAUGCACAGCUGGGGCAGUUGGCCGCGAUGAUGCGGAUGUUGAUCGCGGACGGGUUCUCGUGGAGCGACCAGGACCUGCAGGAGUUCCUUGCGGAAAAGGUGGAUGUUGGGGAGCUGGAGGUAGUGGGUGGCAAAUACAGGUUGGUCAAGAAAUGA